AUGUCUUCCAACGCCUGGACGCGCGUCGAUUCUCCCGCCCAUCACGUUUUCUCAACGCCAAUCGAAAAGGCCGAAUUAGACGACCGCGAAUAUCGCGUGAUUCGACUAGAGAAUGGUCUUCAGGCCCUACUGAUACACGAUGGAACCACAGACAAAGCCGCCGCUGCGAUGGACGUCGGAGUCGGCCAUCUAAGUGAUCCGGAUGACAUUCCCGGGUUAGCGCACUUUUGCGAGCACUUGUUAUUCCUCGGCACCAAGGCUUUUCCAAAGGAGAAUGAAUACUCGCAGUAUAUCAAAGCCCACGGCGGCUCUUCGAAUGCGUAUACGUCGACAAGUAAUACAUGCUACUACUUCUCCGUUGGAUCCUCCCACCUCGCGGGAGCGCUCGACCGCUUCUCCGCCUUCUUCCAUUCGCCUCUCUUCGACCCAAGCUGCACCGUCCGCGAGCUUAAUGCAGUCAACUCGGAGCAUAAGAAGAAUGCACAGUCUGACCUUCAUCGAAUAUGGCAACUUUUCAAAAGCCAAGCUGUGCCCGGACACUGCUGGAGCAAGUUUGGUACCGGUAACCUUGAAACUCUCACUCAAGCGGCUAAAGCCAAAACCGGAGAAUCAUCCAUGUCGGACGAGCUGGAUGGAGGGGCAGUGGGAAGGGAAACGAGGCGACGACUUAUCGAGUGGUGGGAAAGACACUACUGUGCAUCCAUCAUGGGACUCGUAGUGCUUGGUCGUGAGUCCCUGGAUGAGCUUGCCACUAUGACGCUCGAGCGCUUCUCUACUGUGCCCAACCGAGGCGUCCCUCUUCCAGUCGAGACCGUCCCGUGGGGACCAGAGCAACAAGGGAAGAUCAUGUUCGUCAAGACGGUCAUGGACGUCGAUACCUUGGAGCUAUCCUUUCCGCUCCCCCGUCAGGAUACUCUCUACGAGUCCAAACCUGCAACUUUUCUGUCUCAUUUCAUUGGCCACGAAGGCGACGGGUCGCUUUUUGCGUAUCUUAAGGAGAAAGGCUGGGUCACGCAACUCUGGAGUGGCCCUCAGAGCUCGGCCAGAGGGUUCUCAUUUAUGAAAAUUAACGUCAAGCUGACAAAAAGUGGAUUGAAGCACUAUAAACAGGUCCUGGCAUCCAUAUACUCCUACCUUUCAUUGCUUCGUGCGACCUCCCUCCCCAGAUGGAACUUUGAAGAGUUCAAGGCGAUCAAGGAUAUGCAAUUUCGAUUCGCUCAAAAAGCUUCACCCCAGUCAUACGUUAGUCGCCUCUCGGAGUACCUGUCCAGGCCGUGGCCAAAGGAACGCCUCCUUAGCGGACCAACAAGGCUCUGGAAGUACGACGAGACACUUCUGAGGAACAUGAUAGAGCAGCUCCUCGCGCCAGAGGCAGGAAGUGCUAUCCUUUCGUCCAAGGACUUCCAAGGAGUGGAUUUGGAUGGCCCUUGGCUAAAGGAGAAAUGGUAUGGGACAGAGUAUUUCAUUCAGUCGCUGGAAGAAGAGGUGCUAGCGCAGGCUCGCGCACCUAAUUCUAUUGACGAGCUCUUCUUACCUGGACCAAACAAGUUUGUGCCGCAAAACUUUGAUGUGGUGCGGACACAAGUAACAGAACCUGCAAAAGCGCCCACUCUGCUUCUCAAAUCCGAAGGUUUCGAGCUCUGGCACAAAAAGGACGAUCAAUUCUGGUUACCAAAGGGAUAUAUUGGUGUUUACAUCAGAAGUUCCGAAGCAGAGUCCUCGGCGAAGCAGUUUUUGAUGACCAAAUUUAUCGAAUCCCUCGUUCCGGAUGCACUGAGCAAGUACACCUAUGACGCCUCAUUGGCUGAUCUCGACUACACCCUCGCCUUUAGCGGAGAGGGUGAACUGCUACUGCAGCUCAACGGGUACACUGACAAGUUGGUUCCUUUCCUUCAGUAUGUACUGGAACGUUUCAAAAACCACAAGGUGGCCGAAGAUCGCUUCCAAGUCUACCAUGCCGAACUCAAACAAUCAUACGAGAAUGCACAAAAGAAAGAGCCAUACAACCUGGCGAAUGACUGGGUUUGGUACGCGCUUCGAAACGUAGCGUACACAAACGAAGAGCUACUGGCGGAAUUCCCUCAUAUCACUGCGGCACAGGUCCAGGAUCACCUUACCCAGCUCCUCUCCCGAGCGAGAUUGACAUUGGUAGUCAACGGAAACUUUGAAGAGAAGGAUGCACUGGCCGCAGCCGAGAUAACAAGAAAGACUCUCGGUUUACGCCCUCUUCUUCCAGGCGAAGCGCUCAAUCGGACAAUGAUCUUGCCUAUCGGACAAAACUUUAUCCACAAUCGCCAACUGACCAAUCCGAAAGAAACCAACAACGCGGUCGAAUACUACCUCCAGAUCCAAGGCGACCCAGAGAAAGUACACCCGCAGCUACUUUUGCUGGCGCAUCUCAUCAAUGAACCAGCAUUCAGCACCCUUCGUACAAAGGAGCAACUCGGAUACAUCGUGUCCAGUUAUUCAUGGCCUCAAGUCUCUGUAUUCGGCAUGGUCCUCCAGGUACAGAGCGAGAAACCAGCACUGUAUGUCGAGAACCGCAUCGAUGCAUUCUUGGAAAGCUAUGCGUCGACGUUGCGUGAAAUGGACCAAAAGGUUUUUGAGAAUCAGCGACAAGGGUUGGUCAACAAACUGCUGGAAAAGCUGGACAAUCUCGACCAAGAGACGAGCAGAUUUGCAUUUAGGAUUCUUGACGGAACCUACGACUUUACAAACCGGGAGAAGAACGCGAGACGAAUCGAGAACCUGACGCUCGCCGACAUUAUCGAAUUUUACACCACCUUUGUCCACCCAGAAUCCCAAUCGCGAGCCAAGCUCUCGGUUCAUAUGCAUUCGCAAGUCAAACUCGGCAAAUCGUCAAACUUCAGCGUCGCCGCCUCGAAAGUGUUCCUCGAACGGCUCAAGGAGGCUCAGGUACCCGUAGACGAACCGCAAUACCAUGCGCUGUCUAAAGCUGAACCCUCGAUUGACGCUGUCAUUGGGUUCUGGACGCCGUAUCUAAAUUCAUUACCCAUAUUGACACCUCAGAAGAGAGAGGAACUACUUGGAUCGAUCAAGACCAUUGCCGCGGAACAUCCGACUCAGGUCAACAAAGAUGUGAGCGGGGUGAUGAGGGAGGGAACGGUGGUAGUGGAGGAUAUCGCGGCGUUUAAGCGUGGCUUAGCCAUGUCCAAGCCGGCGAAACCCGUGAUGGAGCUCAAACCUAUCCUCGAGUCGCAGCCGAAUCCAAAGUUGUAG